AGGAGGAGGAAAACCAGCCUGGUCGGCUCCACACUUCGCCUGGAUGCGUUUGGGUGUGGUGGGGAGGGGUUGAGGGCCUCAUUUACAGACAGAGGCCGUGGCUGGCUUCUAAGCGACCGGGUUGGCCACUUUCACUGAGCUUCUGGGUUUGCUGGGAUCCAAGUUGACGCGACUUUUCCAGGAGUAUCUGGAAGACGUGAAUAGAAACUUCAGGGGUCCCAGGGCUUGAGGGACUAAGGGGAACCCCCCGCCCCGCUUGACCUUCCAGGGAACGGCCUGGCUAGGGGUGCGCUUUGACGCAAGGAGCGCAUCGCUCUGGCUUGGCCGGGACCAGAGUUUGGGGAAGGCCUCCUUGCCCACUGCGAAGACUUUGGGGAAGGCGACUGCCAGGGGACAGACAUCUGGGGGAGUGCUGGGGGUCUGAAUGGUGGAAAGAGCUGCACCAGGGGCUGUGCGCCCUGCGCGGGUGUGCGAGCCUCGCCGGGGGCUGUCUCCACCUCUUCUGGAGAGUUGGACCUAUGAGUGAGCAGCUCUGCUUACAACUAUCAACAGCCGGGGAGGCUGAGCGCGUGUGAGCGCCGAGGGGGGCGCAGGACCCUUGCAACUUCUUCUCAGGACCCCAGCCUGGACGCCGGCGCCCGCUGCCGUCCGAGAGCCCAGCGCCCACGCCUCCCCUUGCGCACCUUGGGGAGUGCCCAGCGGGCUGUCCUGCUAGCCCCGCCGGGAUGCUCGCAGCCAUGCUCCCCUACGUUUGUGUCCUGGUGCUUUUCGGAGGGGCCAGUCACCACUGACAAAAAUGACAGUAACCACAGUUGAAGUGUGCCCAGCUGGGGGCUCAUCCCCAAGCACCCUUACAUUAUGAAAGGCUAAGAAUUCUGGCCCUGGGCUUAGACCACCUGGUUGGGAAGCCCAGAUCAACAUGGUAUCAACCCGUCUGGCCUUGGCCCACACCGCACUGGCGGCUGGGGAGGCUGGGGGCAGCCGCCUGCGCUGGGAACCCCGCUGCCAGCCGCCCUUGCCAGAUAGAGUGCCCAGCACUGCAAUCCUGCCCCCACGCCUCAAUGGACCUUGGAUCUCCACGGGCUGCGAGGUGCGCCCAGGACCGGAGUUCCUGACCCGCGCCUACACCUUCUACCCCAGCCGGCUCUUUCGAGCCCACCAGUUCUACUACGAGGACCCCUUCUGCGGAGAGCCUGCCCACUCGCUGCUCGUCAAGGGCAAAGUCCGCCUGCGCCGGGCCUCCUGGGUCACCCGGGGAGCCACCGAGGCCGACUACUACCUGCACAAAGUGGGCAUCGUCUUUCACAGCCGCCGGGCCCUGCUCGACGUCUCCGGGCGCCUCAACCAGACCCGCGCCGGCCGGGACUGCGCGCGGUGGCUGCCCCCGGCCCGGGCCUGGAUGCCCGGGGCGCUGUACGAGCUGCGGAGCGCCCGGGCCCAGGGGGACUGCCUGGAGGCGCUGGGCCUCAGCAUGCACGAGCUCAGCCUGGUCCGCGUGCAGCGCCGACUGCAGCCGCAGCCCCGGGCGGCGCCCCGGUUGGUGGAGGAGCUGUACCUGGGGGACAUCCACACCGACCCGGCCGAGAGGCGGCACUACCGGCCCACCGGCUACCAGCGCCCGCUGCAGAGCGCACUGCACCACGUGCGGCCGUGCCCAGCCUGUGGCCUCAUUGCCCGCUCUGAUGUGCACCACCCGCCCGUGCUGCCGCCCCCUCUGGCCCUGCCCCUGCGCCUGGGCGGCUGGUGGGUCAGCUCGGGAUGCGAGGUGCGCCCAGCGGUCCUGUUCCUCACCCGGCUCUUCACUUUCCACGGGCACAGCCGCUCCUGGGAAGGGUAUUACCAUCACUUCUCAGACCCAGCCUGCCAGCAGCCCACCUUCACCGUGUAUGCCGCCGGCCGCUACACCAGGGGCACGCCGUCCACCAGGGUCCGCGGCGGCACCGAGCUGGUGUUCGAGGUUACACGGGCCCAUGUAACCCCCAUGGACCAGGUCACCACGGCCAUGCUUAACUUCUCUGAGCCACGCAGCUGUGGGGGUGCGGGGGCCUGGUCCGUGGGCACUGAGCGGGAUGUCACAGCCACCAAUGGCUGCCUGCCGCUGGGCAUCCGGCUCCCACACGUGGAAUACGAGCUUUUCAAGAUGGAGCAAGACCCCCUCGGGCAAAGCCUGCUCUUCAUCGGACAAAGGCCCACUGAUGGGUCAAGUCCCAAUACCCCAGAGAAACGCCCCACCUCCUACCAAGCACCCCUGGUGCUCUGUCGGGGAGAAGCCCCCGACUUCUCCAGGCCCCCGCAGCACCGACCAUUGCUGCAGAAGCACCCCAGCACAGGGGGUCUUCGCGUAGCCCCCCUCCCACUUCUGCCCCUAGUUCUAGGGCUGGCUUUCCUCUACUGGCUAUGACAUUGGACUUGACAUCAGGAUGGUGGCUCUGGACACCCAUUCAACUCUUCAGACUCCCUCCUGGAAACUGUAGGGAAGGAACCAUUCUCCUCUGCUCUGUCAUGGAUGGAUGCACAGCCCCACUGCUUCCAAACUCUGCCUGCAUUCCAUGUGGCUCAGGGCAUGAGCUUAACACCUGCAAAGCCUAUACCACAUCCCACAGCCCACGUCCCAGUCAUGCACUUGGACGCGGCAGUGAUGUUCAUUGCUAUGUGAGUUUCUAAAGAUCACUCCCAAUUUUUCUACUUUCCUUAUCCUUGGCAGCCCGCCAACAGGUACAGUCAGGUGGCCACAUGGAACCCCCCCAUCCCACGCUGCUCCCCGUUCUUCCCAUCCUGACCCUUGGGAUUCCAAGAUGGGAGCAAGAGGAGACCCUGAGGUUCUGCCUAGGGACAAGGCCUACUGCUCUGCCAUGUCUGUAGGUUGUUGUUUAAAGAUUAUUAAUUCGAAUUUAGCAAUACGAUCUCUAAGUGGUGCCAUGAAUUAAAGAUGCCACUUCGGGCUUUCAGUGCUUCUCAGCUUUCUGGCGAAGGGCCUUGUGUCUUCAGAGGCAGCUCAGCUUUCCUGAAUCCUGACUGCUGGCAUUCGUCUGCAUCUGCCUGUGCUUCUGUGAGUCAGACCUCAAGCUGCCAAUACUGCGUGUGGAUAAAUCCAGUUUUCCCGGGCCAGCAUGCAAAUGAAGAGGACUCCAUCUGAGCUGAGAAGUGUGGCCUCCCCAGAGCAGGCUGCAGCCUCCAAGCCUCCCUAGCCCAAGCGAAUGCCAGUGUGCACCAGGCUGGCUGCUGGGGGCAGGUAUUUGGAGGGGAGCAGCGUUUCCAGCCUUCUGAAAGUAGUUAAUAGUAAUGACCGCCAUAACACUAACAUGCUCUGCAAUUCGCCCUGCCCAGCCAUGCUCGGUUGCCAAGAUUUCCUGUGCUUGCCUGACAAACGAAAUCUCUGAGUGUGUAUCUUUGGGUCCACCCUAGGGAGAAGUCGGGGUCGCCAGGCUACAUGGCGACAUCUGGACAGCUCCACCUUGCCCAGCCUCCUUGCCAUGAUCCUAAUAUAUUGGUGUCCUCUGCUCAGAGGGGACUGUCAUCAUGGUGGGAACAGGCUGUGCCUCUCCAGGGACUCUACCCGAAUUCCCAGGGCCUCAUCUGUACACUGAAAUUAACUGGCCUCCUGGUGGGCCCGAGGGUUUUCAGGACUGGGGGCUGAUGACUCACCCCCUCCUUCCUCCUCCUGAUCUCUAUCUCUAGCUCUUAUCACAGAUUUUGAACAAUUGUCUGUGAGGUUAAUGAUGCUUUCAGAGGGAAGCCCUCGUCCUCCUUGAGAUUGUGUGGGGUCCAAUCAGCCUGCUGAAAUUGCUCCCACUUAUUACCCAUUCUUCUUCUUUAAAAAAAAAAAAAAAAAGCCCAUCAAGUUAGCAUUCUCUGUAGGUCUCAGACAGCUACCAGUGUUCCUGGCAUAUUUACCAAAGUACAAGAAAUAAUUACAUUAUUUACAGUUUCAGACUACAUCAGGGUGGGGGGAGCUCCUGUUGGGGACGGCGGUGGGUGUCGAUGAUGUGUCCACGGCUGAGCAGGUCUUGUAUCCGAGACCUGAAGCAAUCAUGCCACCAUUUAUCAUCAAAUUUAAACCUUUUAAUAAAAUUAAACAGCCUGAAAAA